GUUUAAACUUGAAAGUCGAAGCAAUUGUUGUUUAUUUCCUUCCUGAAUUUUGUGAGUACGAAGGUCAAUACCGAUCAAAACAUUUACUUGCUGGUGUGAUCUAACUCAACAAACUAUCGCUAUCUAAAUAAAAAUCCUGAAUUCUGUGAGCACGAAGGUCAAGAGCGUUCAAAGCAUUUACUCAUUGACGUGAGAUACUUGUAGUGACUGUGCCUCCGCCAAAGUCUUCUGAUUGACUGCAAAAUUCAGAGAAAAUGUUGGCAAACUUAAUAUCAGUGAUUUUAGUGCUUGUCUGUGUUCACGUCACAUUUGGUGCCUUCAAUCCAGCAGACUACUCAAUACAAAUGAGUAAAAUUAAGGUGCUGACCCUCAACCAUGGGAAAAUGACCAACAGUAGACGGGUUCCAGCUGUUCCUCAAUUGAAAUGUGUUGGAGGAACUGCUGGCUGCAGAGCAUUUAUUCCUCAAGUGGUGCAGUGUGAGAAUCAAGGAUCGGAUGGAAUUACUAUUCAAUGGGAGUGUAAAACAGACAUGGAGAAUGCUUACCGCUUUGGAAAAAUUAUGGUCAUAUGUGAAGGAUAUGACUAUCCUGGUGAUCAGUAUGUUUUAGUUGGAUCCUGUGGACUUGAAUAUAACAUCGAUUUCACUAAAGAAGGAAUCGAUAAUCAUCCACCUAUUUCAAUCAUCGAUAUCGGGCCACCACCAACCAGCCAAGGAACAUCAACGGAGCUGUCGUCUUUGACCAUCUUUUUUAUCUGCUUGGGCGUGUUACUAUUUUUAACCGCGAUUUUUGGAUUAAUUGCAUGUAUUGUUUGCUCUGAAAGAUCUAGCUCAUACCAUGUGCAUUCUGAUGUGCCUUUCGUCAGACCUGUUCCUUAUCCGGUUUUCACACCUAGACCAAUUUAUAGACCUACUACAGUUUAUGUGUCUAAUUAUCGAACUUCGACAGCCGGAAAUAGAGUCGCUUCAAGCAGUGGAACUCGAACUGCCUCGGGAUUUGGAGGUACGAUGAGUCGUUAAAUAUUUUCAAGCAUGGUCAUGUUUUCAAGUCACUAAUAACCUGCCCAUGUGCCCAACAAUUUAAUUCCGUUUCUUUUCUGCCACACAAAAUUUCCUGCUCGUUUGAUAUAUGUUGACUUGCCUGCUUUUCCGUGGCUGUAAUUUCACUCAAAGCCGUUCGGCAAUUACAAAUUGUUCUACCUAAUAAACAGCCAAUAUAAAUUU